UGCUGGUUAAUUUCUUAGACAAUUCGGCCCAAACGUCUCACGGAGCAAUAGAAUUUUUAUUUUGAGUUGAAAAUUCUCAAUUUUCACACAUCCAAACAUGUCCCUUUCGCUGGUCCUGCGUGGCGCUGCCCGUUGCAAUGCCGCAAAUCUUGUUAAGGCGGCCCGGAUCACGCCCCUGAAGAGUUACUCCACCUUGGUGGCCAAUGCCCAGCGAAAGGCUGUGGUUCAGCCCCUGGCUGUGGCCAAGAUUGCUGCGCCAACUGUGCGCGAAAUCUCCGUGAGUGCACCGCGCAUGGCCGCUGCCGGAUCGAGUCACACCCUCCUGUGGACCGUGGAGCGCGUGGUGUCCGCCGGUUUGCUUGCUGUGAUCCCAGCUGCUUUCAUCGCACCAUCCCAGGUUUUGGAUGCUCUCCUGGCCGUCUCCGUCGUCAUCCACACCCAUUGGGGCGUUGAGGCCAUGGUGGUGGACUACAUGCGACCCUCGGUUGUGGGCAACGUUCUGCCCAAAGUGGCUCACAUUGCGCUGAUCAUCAUUUCGGUGGCCACACUGGGCGGUCUUUUCUACUACAUCCAGAACGACGUUGGCCUGGCCAAUGGUAUUAAACGCUUCUGGGCCAUCAAGGGAAAGGAUGCCGAGAAGAAGGCUUAAGCGUCGAGAGCAAGCAGUUGACGAACCACGAAACACCAGUUAUUUAUUCAUAGUUUCGCGAUAAGCAGUAAAUAAACAAUUGUAUAAAGUA